AAAGGGGCAGCUGUGACCUGACGGGCCUUGGCAGUGUUUCUCGCGGAGGAGGAGCCCCGCGGCGCCCAGGCACACGACUUUGUGUCCCGGCGGCCACCACUGGUGCUGGUGUUGAGUGAGGCCGUGGGACAGGUGCUGUGCUCAGCGCCUCCUCCGUACUCGCUGCCGCUGACUUCAGGACUCCUUGGUGCAUCCUGCGCCUUGCCUGCUGGAUUGGUCCCUGAGUGUGGCUCUGUAGGAGCCUUGCCACCGCCUGCUCCAGCAUCUCUGAGGUUCCUGCAAGACCAGCCGACUCCUCCCACCUGGAGUAGUGUUGCAGUGGAGGCUGCAAGGCGGGGCAGCAGCUGGAGUGGCUGGGAGCAGCAGGAGCAGACUGCUACUGGUGUGAGGUUCAGGAGUGAUGAGAAACACCACCACCACCAACAACAACAGCCGCUACUGCUGGCAUCUCAUCCACAAAGGGGGAAGUUUGAAUUUCAGAAGUGUGAGAAGAUCUGAGAGUGAGAGCAAGUUUACUAGCCACAGCCAAGUGUGUGGGAAAAGACAUGCAGGGAAGGAUGACCUCAACAAAUACACCCACACACUCUGGUGUAAGACCUCAUGAAAGCCGGGAGAUCAGCAUCCAUUGGUGUGGGUUCUGCUCCGAGGACUUCCUGGGCCCGAGGGAGUGCAAGGAACAUAUAAGUAAGGAGCACCCCAGCAGGAGGCCACGGGGGGGUGGUCCGGGGCAGCACACCCCCCGGGGCAGCCAGGUGAAGUACCCGCCCCAGCCCGGCACACUCAUGGGCCACAGGAAGGCACGCUCACCUGGCCAGGAAGAGACUACAGGUCCAGGUGGAGGUGGAGGAGAGGAGGUGGAGGGCAAGAGGAAGGUGAGGACUCCGAGGGCUCUGCAGGAACAGUUUUGGCUGCAGAAACAACGGCCAAAACCUGUGUGUUCCGUGGAGGUGGAGAAGAAGCACAAGAGUUCUCUGUCCACCUGCAAGUACUACAAGUUUUCCUCGGAGGCCAAUCUGAGGCCCAUAGGGAGUGCCACGGAGGCGGGGGCGGGAAGGGCGGCGAGAGGGGCUUCUCCUGCUCCCAGUGUGGCUUCAGGUGUGAUAAGCUGCGGGAUCUGCCACACCUACAAGACGUGCACCCAGCAGCGCCUCCUCGUCCACCAGAAGACCUGUGGCAAGGGGUCCAAGCAGUCGGCGCAGCUCCUGAACCACCAGGGCGCACACAUCACCGACCCCAAGGACAUGCCUGCCUGGGCCGACAAAGCGUUCUGCGAGGAGUGCCAGAAACCUGGCCACACCAUCUCCAGCAUCCUGAUCUACCCAGCAGCUCCCGCCCCUCCAUAUGUGUCCACACCAUCUCCAGCCUCCUGA